AUGGCUUUUUUUGCGUCCGACGGUAUCUGCCCAGCCGAUCUCUAUCAAUUCUUGGACCAGCUGGGAGGGAUGGACAGCUACAACAUCAAGCAGCCUUCCCCAGCAACCCUAGAGAGAGAAUCACUACUAAAUUCGCGACAGCGCUGCAACAGCGCAUACAUCAGCACUCAAAGAGGUCCUAGUGUUAAUCUACGUACCGCGUCGCACAAGCCGAAGAAGCGGUUAACAAAGAAGAUGGCUUAUAAGAAGCCGUCUUCCUCAGAAGCAUUAAAACAGCCACACGAGAACCAUAACUUGGCUGAGAAGCGAUACCGGAGCCGGCUGAAGAACCAUUUCGAAAGUCUGCUCGCCAUAUUACCAAGGCCACCCUCUAAAGAUGGCAAUAACCGUGAUAGCUGCGACCAUAGCUUUAGCAGAGCCGAAGUGCUAGCCCUUGCGCGAGAGCGCAUCGUGUCGCUCGAGGAGGGCUUUGAGGCGAUGGCUAAGGAGCGGGACCAGCUAUUGAGAGAUAUCGCUCUAAUGUUUCAGCGACCUCCUACCGCCUAUUUGUCGCAAUAUGACGACGUUAUGGGUGAUUCGGUGUUAAUAGUCACAAACGUCUCUACCACUAAUCCUCAAAACCCGACCCUGAUUAGCCACCAUAAUGGCCAAAAUCGGCCACUAACUCCGCAAACAUGUGGUAGCUGGUUGGUGAAGCAUAUCCUGUGUUUGAUUGUGAGAUCCAGUUGUGGUUAUCUGAUGGCUAGUCCGUUCUGCAAUGUGGUUGUGAUGACGAAUAGGUGGAUUGGACAAGGGUCUUUUGGCGCGCGAAGUUGCUAUUUUGCGUAA